AAGAACAGCUGUCUUUAGUUUAGAAAAGAACAAUUUGACAAAAGCAAAGAAGUAAAAAUAAAUAAUAUAUAUUUGUUUUAUUUACAAAAUAGUUUGGAAAAAAACUGAUUUAAAAAUUUGAAAAUAAUAUUUCAGAUAACAUUUUUAGUUUUAAGUGAAAACAAUUUUAAGCCAUAAACAGCCUGCCAUGCAAUGCUUCAAAAGUGUACAACGUAAAAUAUUCAAUGCCACAGUGCUAAAAACCGAAGUACCACCAAGUACUUUAAAUGCGGCAAAAUCUAUAAAUGAUGUACAAACUGUAAUAAUUGGAGCAGGUUUGGCAGGUCUGUCGGCAGCAAAUCAUCUCAUUAAACAUGGCUUUAAACGCACCAUCAUAUUGGAGGCCACCAAUCGUUAUGGUGGCCGCAUCAAUUCCAAACAAUUUGGUGAUGCUUUUUGUGAACUGGGCGCCAAAUAUAUAAAUAUAGAUGUGUCGCAAAAUUCCAUCUAUGAACUGCUGCGACAUGCUCCUGGUUUACCCAAAAAGAUCGAACAGAAAGCGGAAACUCUGUAUGUAGACACUAGAGGUGAAAAAAUCUCCAAGCACAUACCCGAUGUAGUAGAUGUGUACUUUAAGAAACUAUGUGCUGGCAUUGAAUUGAAAAAUCGUUACAAAAAAGGUCACCUCCACGAACUGGAUAAUGUGCAUACCUAUUUUCAAGCCGAAACCUCCAAAAUCAUUAAAAGCAUGUUUAAGGAAAAUGAUCGUAAAUUAGUGGGAGAUAUUUUCACCGCCUUUAUGAAAGAGUAUGGUGGCAAAUUGGGUUGUAACCUAGAGAACCUCAAUGUUGAACAGUUAAUUAAAUUUAAAAAUCAGUUUUCCUAUCCCCUAUAUAUACCCAGCGGUUUGGAUAGUAUUUUACAGGAAAUUGUUGCCAAUAUAAAUGGAGAACAUUUGCACAUUGAAAAGCCAGUGGGUGAAAUAAAAUGGUAUGGACCCAAUAAGGAUAUACACAAGUCACAGGUGAAUUGUUUAGACGGUUCGGUUAUACCAGCGGAUCAUAUAAUAUGUACCUUGCCAUUGGGCGUAUUAAAAACCUUUUCGGGUUAUAUGUUUAAGCCCGCCUUACCACCUGAGAAAAUAAAAUCCAUAGAGAAUAUCGGCUUUGGCAGUCCGGUUAAAAUUUAUUUUGAAUAUCCAAAACAUAUAAAAACAUGGUUUUCCACAAGUUUGCGUCCCCUGUGGUCUGCGGAGGAACGUGCUGCUGAUCUCAAAUGGACUAAGCAAGUGGUGGAGAUUUCAAAAUUACCCUCCAGCAAUAGGGUAUUAGAAAUCACAAUUGGCGGUGCUUUCUAUGAUCAAAUUGAAAAGCUACCCGAUAACGAGCUGGUGAAUGAAAUUACAAAACUCCUUAGAAAAUGUUUAAAAAAUGCGAAAAUUCCCUAUCCCUCUGAGGUAUUACGCUCAAAUUGGGGUAGUAGUGCCUGUUAUCUAGGUGGUCGUCCAUACUUUUCCACCAACAGCAGUGUGCGUGAUAUACAAACUCUCUCCCUACCAUUGGGCAUGACGCCCAGUUUAUUGUUUGCCGGUGAUGCUACUAUAGUAAAUGGUUUUGGUACAAUUGAUGGUGCUAGAAUGAGUGGUAUAAGAGAGGCUCAACGUAUAAUUGAUUAUUAUACCAAAAAUAACUGUAAUAAUAAAAUUUAAAAUUUUUCACUUAAAAUUAUUUAGUAUAAGUUUUAAUUAAUUGAUUAUUUAUUCUUAAUUAUAAUUAAAUUCAUGAUGGAUAAUUAAAUGAUAAAAAAAGUGUAAUAAAAUUGUUAAGUUUUAUUUAAAUAC